AACAAGUUAUGAAAUAGCUGUGUAGUUAUGGCUGGUGCUUCACAUGUACAGUUUACUAACAAGUACGGACAAGUUCAUAUAACUUUGGAGUCACUCCUUGAUUCCACAGGUCUCAUACCACAUUCGUCUCUGCAUGAAUCAGUCAAUAGUUCACUAACAGAUAUGAAUUCCGUUUCUAUUAUGAAAUGUUCCAUACCUCUCAAUUACUGUUCUAACCAAAAUUUGUAUGCUUCGGAACAAAUGUCAACUGAAUUAAGUGAAAGUUCUUGUGUCACUGAAUCUCAGAGGCAGGCAUUAUUACUAGAUGUUUGCUUCGAACUUCUUAACCUUCUCAAGGAACAAGAUGUCAAUGGCUAUUUUCUUUAUCCACUACCACACCUCAAACCUUCAUGUCCAUUUGGAUUACUGGACAUAGAAAAGCAACUUUUCCAGAAAUAUUACAAAAGCCUGUCUGAGUUUCAAAAAGAUGUUUCUGGACUACUCAAUAGCGCUCUUCAAUAUUAUCAAAUUGAAUCAAUGGCUCAUAAUGAAGCUCAACGUUUGCUAAAUCUAACCAUUGAUUGGUUUAGUUCAUUAAAUGUAAAUUAUGUCGCUAUUUUAAAUCGUCCACCAGACGGUGGAGUGACAGUUGAUAGAAACUCGCAAGUCAAAACAUCGGAUAAUAAUGACAUUAUAUCUAAGGAGACCUAUUUAAACAUUUUAAAUCCAGAUAAUAAUGGUAUUAUCAGUAAAACAGAACGAGUUCAAAGUAUUGGGGACGAGGCAGGUCACUUGUAUUCAGGUUCGUAUUUACUUCCUAAUGGUGGCUACCGAGAAGAUCGACGCAAUAAAAUUAUACCGUACACAUACUUAGACUAUGGCUCUUAUUACUCAUUUGCCCCAGUUUACGACAGUGGGGCUUCUCAUUGCACUCCAGAGUCAAACCAAUUGUUAUUGGGAACCACAUGGCUACCGGCACGUACUCCAUUUGUACUUGGCAGCUGUUCGUCGAAUAGUUUUGAUUCAUAUAGUUGUGCAAAUGAUUUCGAGAUCACAGAUGAAAUAAUAUCAACUGUCUUGGAAAUGGGGGAUCAACAGUUAGCUGUCUCUCUUGCGGUUGCAGAAAGUGAACAACGUGCGAUAGCCCAAUUAUCAUCUGAAUUAGAAGAUAUCAUUCCUGGUCCUGAUGUACCUGAUGAAUUUGUAUUUAGUAUGUGUUUAGCUAAUGCAUUUACACGUGACCUUAUUAAAAAGGAAGAGAAAUUGUCUGCUUUCGAUACCUUAGAUUUGUGUUCAGAAGUUAAUUCUGAUGAAAGAAGUAUCACAUCUACAGAUGUCAACAACUCUCCUGCUGCAUGUGACUUAGAUUCGGCUACUCAUCAUAACUCCACCGAUUCAAGUGUACGUUCGCAGUCUGAAGAACAAAGUAUUGCUGAUGAUGCUAAGCAAUUGAGUACAGAACUAGUUGAAUCUGCCCAAGAUUUAAAUGCACUUUAUUGCUCACAAUAUUUGAGACUUGGUGACACUUCUCAGGCUGCAAAUCUAGGCUCAACACUGCGACCAACUCCAAAUGAAAUGUCCAUCGCCCAUAGACUUACUGAAAAGCUGAUUAAGCUGACGAAACGUGCUCGUCCAGGGGAUCUCAUCCAUCCAUAUACGGUAAGAAAAGCGAUGGGUUUGAAUCCAGAUGAGUAUUUUUUACCGGAACAUUUAAUUUCAAGUGAUAAUUUUGUGAAUAGCGCGCAAAUGUAA